GUGAAAGGACAUGGUGUGGUUAAUACAUUCGCGUAAACCCUUGUGUUCAAUGUUUUUCUUAUAAAAAGUAUUUUUUGAGUGAAUAGACGUUCUAUUUUGCAAGAGGAGUGUUUUCUUAUUCGAACGUAAACGGAAUGUGUUUUGGAAAGUUACAGAAAUUAUACAUUUGCGCAAUUGUGCGAGCGAGUUGCGAGUAGCGAGUCGAUGUCAAUAAACUUGUCGGUGAUAUUUUAUGGGAAAGGUGUGCCGCGUUGCUAAUACCUGUUCGCGGUAGGGUGUAGGAUCAGGAUGUUGGCGUGUGGCGCCUGAGCGGGUGCCAUGGUGUAGCCGGGACGAGAUUAACAAGAUGCUGGUUUCAUCGUGCAUAUUUGGACACUCGCACUCCACUCUAAACCGAGCACAACUAUUCGACUUCGAAGGACCAAAACUAUGCGUUCAUCCUAUACUGCAUCGGUCGAGAGUAAUCCCCUCAGAUGCCUUAAAAACGACCAGCGACGCAAGAUGAUUAAAUAGCAAAAAAAUUUAAAUAUGAGAAAAAAAUCAAAUAUUUUUUGAGAUUUUUUUGUAUAGACUACCUACUAGAUGUUCGGUGCUUUAAGUGUAGUGAGGUGAAAUAGAACUAUCGAUAGUUUGAUGGUCACGCUGUGAUUUGCGUGGCUAUGAUGUCGAGCGAGGGGGAGCCCGUCAAAGUCGAGGGGGGGCAUGUCUCCGUCACAACCAUCAGCAUGUCGGGUCCAGAGACGAGCAAUGGCCGUUUCUCGUACAGCUCGAGUGGUGUACGCAUCAGCGUGUCUUCCGAGCCACACGAUGAAGACUCCACAGAUGCCGAAAUCUCCAAAAUCGAUUUUACACAGCACCAAUACGAGGUAAACAUGCGCAACAAAAAGAAGCGCUCGUCCAGUGGGCAGUGCGACCAGGCGGCGGAGCAGGAACGCCCCAUGUCCUGGGAAGGAGAGCUGUCCGACUCCGAAAUGGUCAUAGACACUAGUGUUAACAAUGAUGAAAACAGCAGCUCCCUCGACCUGCAAUCGUCGCGCGACUCCAUAGACACGCUCCGCAAUGUGACCAUCAAGACUGAACCCCUCAAAACGGAAGCCUUCCAGAGCUUGGACGACCAGCGCGUUCUAGACCUCAAGUACACAGUGCCUCUGCAGUCGCAUCAACGGAGUCUUAGUAUGAACAGGAUAUCAGUGUUAACAGACAACGCGUCGCUUACUCUAGCCAGGCGGCCAUCUUCUCCCACAAGUAGUGCCAAAUCUGCUCUCUCCGACCAGUACGAGACGCCUCUACCACACAAUCCAGAAGUUCAGAACUUGACCAUCAAGAAAGAGAUGCUAUCAGAGUUGAAAUGUGAGCCAUCAGUGGGCAUGGACAAGUUGCUGGGCCUGCACGGGUCUCCAUUGUUGGGGCGGCUUCCGCGAGUGCAGUCCAGCGCUAGCACUGACUCCGCCGUACAUUCUAUGUACACGCAUAGUGUGUACAGCAGUCCGUCGGCCAGCCCGCGUCCGUCGCGGCACUACACGCCGUCUCUGUCGCGCAACAACAGCGACGCCUCCCACUCGUCGUGUUACUCCUACAGCUCCGAGUUCUCGCCCACACAUUCCCCAGUGCAGAGCCGGCAUCCGCACGUGGUAUACCGAGAGGCAGCCGUGUUCCCGGCGUCGCCCGCGCACGAUGACGACACUGACACGACUGACGAUCGACUCCAUCAUCACCAGGGUAUCAGCAGGCAGCAGCUCAUCAACAGUCCGUGCCCAAUCUGCGGUGACAAGAUAAGCGGUUUCCACUACGGCAUCUUCUCAUGCGAGUCGUGUAAAGGUUUCUUCAAGCGAACGGUGCAGAAUCGCAAGAACUACAUGUGUCUUCGAGGCGGCAACUGUCCAGUUACCGUGGCCACUAGGAAAAAGUGCCCCGCUUGCCGAUUUGACAAGUGUCUGGGAUGUGGGAUGAAACUUGAAGCAAUAAGAGAAGACAGGACUCGCGGAGGUCGCUCAACGUAUCAGUGUUCAUACACGCUCUCGGGCGCCGCCUCUACGGGCUCCUUACUCUCUGCGCACGCGCCGACCACGCUCCGGCACGCAUCCAGCCUCACUUGCGUAAAUGGCCCUGGGUCGUACAGCAGUCGAGGGGAAUCAAGCAACAGCCGACUUACGCCUGACAUACCCCCAUUAUUGCAGGAAAUAAUGGAUGUGGAACAUUUAUGGCAAUACAACGAGUCGGAACUCAGUCGCAUGAGCAAGUCCACCGGCAGCCCGUCCGCCAACCCGCUGCUGGCAGCCAGUGGCAUCACCGCGCAGAACUCUAGUGCGGACUUCCUCGCCGACCUGUGCAACAUCGCCGAUCACCGCCUCUACAAGAUCGUCAAAUGGUGCAAGAGUCUGCCGCUCUUCAAGAACAUAUCGAUCGACGACCAGAUCUGUCUCCUGAUCAACAGCUGGUGCGAGCUGCUGGUGCUGUCGUGCUGCUACCGCGGGGUCAGCACGCCGGGGGAGGUGCGCGUUGGUGGCGGUCGUGGCAUCACCCUGCACCAAAGUGCCAAAUAUGGUCUGACGCCAUGUAUAGAACGAAUGCUCAGCUUCACGGACCAUUUGAGGAGGCUACGGGUUGACCGAUACGAAUAUGUUGCGCUCAAGGUCAUCGUACUGCUCACUUCAGAUGCUCCAGAACUUCGUGAAGCGGAAAAAGUGCGUGCGUCUCAAGAAAAAGCGCUUGCGGCGCUUCAAGCGUACACGGCGGCGCACUCGCCCGACACGCCUGCAAAGUUCGGAGAGCUUUUGCUGCGUAUUCCCGAACUGCAACGAACUUGCCAGUUCUUCAUGCAAGUCGGCAAAGAAAUGCUCAAUCCUGCCAACAAGGGCAAAGACGGGGAGGGGCCCAGUUUCAACCUCUUAAUGGAGCUGCUCCGAGGCGACCACUGACCCCGUAGUCCACAGUCUGACCAAGUGAAACAUUGCUCAAGUACGAACGAGACUAAGUAAAAUAGAUAAGCCUUUAAUGACAUUACUUUUUAAUAAUGACAGUUAAGGGCUUCCGGUCAGGCGGCUUGACGUCAUGCACGUAGAUUUGUUUUGCU